CUGAGAGCGACGGCGGGAGAGGGCGGCCGGGCCCGUCGCCUCAGGAUGCCGGACCAGCGCCUCACGACCGGCCACGGUGGAGCGGCAGAGAUGGACGAGCAACCCGAAGCCUCAGUGAUCACCCCGUCCAUGCUGGAAGAGGAGGAACAACUGGAAGCAGCUGGACUGGAGAAGGAGCGAAAGAUGCUGGAAAAGGCUCGCAUGUCUUGGGAUAGAGAUUCUGGUGAAAUGCGCUACAAGAGACUUCAGCAUUUGCUUGAAAAAAGCAACAUCUACUCAAAGUUUCUGCUAACCAAAAUGGAACAGCAACAACUGGAGGAACAGAAAAGGAAAGAGAAAAUGGAGCGGAAGAAGGAAAUUUUGAAAGUUUCAAAGGGGAAAAAUCUAACCGAUGCAAAUGAAGAGAAGGCUGCUGUGAGAAGGAAAAGAGGAAGAGAAGAGGACACCUAUAACAUUUCAGAAGUUAUGUCGAAAGAGGAAAUUUUGUCAGUGGCUAAACAAAGGAAAAAGGAGAAUCAGGAUGAUAGCUCCUCGUCUAACAAACUCUGUGCAGAAGAUCUUCAGAAAAAUAGUGACUCAAACAGCGAAAUUAAAGAUAGAUUAUCUCAAGCUGUACGCCACAGUGCAAAAUAUUUCCUGGAUCCGGUACGGAAAUGUAAUGGGCAGCCGGUACCUUUUCAACAACCAAAGCACUUUACAGGAGGAAUAAUGCGUUGGUAUCAGGUGGAAGGCAUGGAGUGGCUGAGGAUGCUUUGGGAAAAUGGUAUCAAUGGCAUUUUGGCCGAUGAAAUGGGGUUAGGAAAGACUGUCCAGUGCAUAGCAACAAUCGCCCUGAUGGUGGAGAGAGGAGUGCCCGGCCCAUUCCUUGUAUGUGGUCCCCUGUCUACGCUCCCUAAUUGGAUGUCAGAAUUCAAGCGAUUUACUCCAGAGAUUCCUAUAUUAUUGUAUCAUGGAAAUCAGCAGGAGCGUCGCAAACUGGUACAGAAGAUUCAUAAGCGACACGGGUCAGUGCAAAUACAUCCUGUGGUCAUUACGUCAUUUGAAAUAGCCAUGAGAGACAGAAACGCUCUUCAGCACUGCUAUUGGAAAUACUUGAUUGUAGAUGAAGGACACAGGAUCAAGAACAUGAAUUGCCGUCUCAUCCAGGAGCUAAAACGAUUUAAUACUGACAAUAAACUUCUCUUGACUGGUACUCCUUUACAAAACAACUUAGCAGAGCUGUGGUCACUACUUAACUUCCUGCUGCCGGAUGUGUUUGAUGACUUGAAGAGCUUCGAGUCUUGGUUCGACAUAACUAGUCUUACUGAAAUUGCGGAGGAUAUCGUUGCGAAAGAAAGAGAACAGAACAUCUUACACAUGCUGCACCAGAUUCUAACUCCUUUCUUACUGAGAAGACUAAAAUCGGAUGUGGCUCUCGAGGUUCCCCCGAAACGAGAAGUAGUGGUGUAUGCACCUCUUUCCAAGAAACAGGAAACAUUCUACACAGCCAUUGUGAACCGCACCAUUGCAAAAAUGUUUGGAUCCACUGAGAAAGAAACGACUGAACUGAGUCCAACAGGAAGACCAAAGCGCCGGAGUAGGAAAGUGAUCAAUUACCGAGAAGUAGAAAGUGAUAACUCCGACGAGUUGGAAAAAUUAAUUAAUCAAGUGCAACAAGAGGUGGAACAAGAGAGGCCCCUUGUAGAAAUCAGUGGUCCAGUGGAUUCAGAAGUGAACCUUAAGUUACAAAACAUUAUGAUGCUGCUUCGUAAGUGCUGCAACCACCCAUAUCUCAUUGAGUAUCCUUUAGAUCCUGCCACUCAGGAGUUCCAGGUCGAUGAAGAAUUAGUGACAAAUUCAGGAAAAUUCUUAAUUUUAGACCGCAUGCUACCAGAACUCAAAAAGCGGGGUCACAAGGUGUUGCUCUUUUCACAAAUGACGAUGAUGUUGGACAUUUUAAUGGACUACUGCUAUCUAAGGAGCUUUAGCUUUAGCAGGUUGGAUGGUUCCAUGUCUUAUGCUGCAAGAGAAGAAAAUAUGCGCAAGUUCAACACAGACCCUGAGGUUUUCAUAUUUUUAGUUAGUACACGAGCUGGCGGCCUUGGUAUUAAUUUAACUGCGGCAGACACCGUAAUCAUAUAUGAUAGUGACUGGAACCCUCAGUCCGAUCUCCAGGCCCAAGACAGGUGUCACAGGAUCGGCCAGACAAAACCAGUUGUUGUGUACCGCCUUGUGACAGCAAACACCGUCGAUCAGAAAAUUGUGGAGCGAGCGGCCGCCAAGAGAAAACUGGAAAAACUGAUUAUUCAUAAAAAUCAAUUCAAGGGUGGAAAAUCAGGAUUGAACCAAUCAAAACGUUGUUUGGAUCCCAAAGAACUGAUUGAGUUACUUAAAUCUCGGGACUACGAAAGAGAAGUUAAAGGAUCAAGAGAGAAGGUGAUUAGUGAUGCAGAUCUAGAGCUGUUGUUAGAUCGAAGUGAUCUAAUUGAUCAAAUGAAGACCUCUGUACCAAUUAAAGAGAAGAUGGGGAUUUUCAAGGUCUUGGAAAACUCUGAGGAUUCAAGUGCAGAGUGUAUGUUUUAAUUUGGAUCCAUUUAUUGCUGACUUUAAAAAAUGGCAAAGCGCCGUAUUGCCGAGAUUUUUGUUCAUAUAUAGCGACUUAUCUCAAUUGGUUUUGAAAUCUGGUUCAAAUAUCUCUUUUCAGUUACUUGUAAUAUAGACCACCUAAUGUGACUAAGUUGCAUUUCGAUAGAUGUAGCCCCUCUGACCUUUUAAAGAACUUACACAUAUUCAGGUUUUCAGUUAACGUUUGUGUUCCGGUAGCACACUUUGUGAUAUAUGUUGCGACUGCCAGAUUUGUACAAUCUUCCUGUGGAAGUCUUGCAUACAUACAUUUUGUUUUUCUCAGUAUUGUAAUGUGAUUGACCAGUGAUAGCAACUCAGUUACGGAGUAAGCUUUUGGUGGGGAGGUGGAAGUUUCAUUUUGUUCAUAAAGAGAAUUGUGUAAUUUUAAAUGUCAAUUGCUGCAAGAUAUUUUGCCAAAUAAAUGUUCUUUGUUCUUUUAA